CACCGCUUCUACUACUGCAAACACUGUGGUGGCCUCAAGUCGGAGUCUACAUACCUCAGUGGCGCAUGGGCUUCGGGGAAGUCGCCCCUCGAGUUCUUCAAGGGCACUCAGGUCGGUGGAGGCAAAGGUGCCAGCGGCAAGGGCUCGGGUGUCGAAGGAGGCUCGAACACUACGGCGUCUGCUCCGUUUUCAAAGCUCUCUGUGGAGGAAUAUCUGCAGAUGGCCGUUUUGUGUGAGAAGGCAGGCGAUCUCCACGGUGCUCGAGGUUUCAGGACAGCGGCUCAGGCGCUCCAGGCGCCAGAGCAGCACCAGGUCCCCUUGCAGUCGAAGCUCAACCGCGCACACCAGCAGGCUCGUGCAGUGGAGAAGAAACUCAACAGUGCCGUCGACCGUUUCGAGCAGCUUGAACAGCAGCUGGCAGCACAUAAGUCCCACGUGCUGCAACUCAGGGCGGAUCUGGAAGCCGCAAAGGCAGAGCACAGCGGCCUGGUGCGCCAGCUGCACAAUCAGCUCCCAGACGGUCAAUCGCAGUCUGCAGUCGCUCCGGGAAACAAGCUCAGCCUCGAAGACUUGCUGGACGAGCAGCGCUUCUCGGCGGCCUUCGACCUCGACGUGGGAGAUUGCUUCAAGAUCGUUGGGGACGAGGAAUCACUCUCGCCUGAUGAACUUCAGCAAUUAUCGGCGCGAGUGGACCUUUUCAAGACUGGCAUCGCGGACAUGGCUAAGAAUUUGUUCGCCGAGGCGAAGGCCAAGGUCGACGAGCUCAAAGCUGAACACAAGCAGUUCGCAGCGAGAAUGGCAGCCAAGAAGCGUCGCACAGGCGGCUACUUCGACGGCUACUACACCGACUGCAUCGGGUCAGACGGCGGCGUCGUCUUCCCCAUCAAGGCCGAGUGCGAUGGCGAGGGCUGA